AGAAGCAAACCCUAACAACAAUGGCGCGCGGAAGGAAGAAACGGCAGCAGAAGACAGUGGCAAUUGAACCCAUUCUUAACGCAACGGAAGAAGCACCGAUGGACGCAAACGCAACCCAUCAAGAAACACAAGCUUCGUAUUUUGACGCAAAUGGCGAUGAUGCUCGCGGAAGCAUGACUCGCUCGAAAAUGGCGAAAUUGGGUGAAAAUGCCGCUUUGGGUUGUUCUUCUGGUGUGAGAAAGAAGCGCGGAAGAAAGAGUAAAGCAGAGAAAGAGGCGUUGAAGUUGUUAGCUAUGGUUGAAAAUGCAAAUGCAAAUGAUGAGGGCAAUUUGGAAGGGGAUAAUGCAAACGAAAAUGAUGGGAUUUUCAAUCAGAAGCAGAGACGCGGUAGAAAAAGAGGGAUUGUCAAGGAUAAAGAAGUGGUCAUGGUUAGUGGAAAUAAGAAAGGUACAAAGCAAAGCGAAGAUGAAGCAAGAGAUGAAAAUGAAACUGAAUCCUUAAGCCUAAACGAAACUGAAACUGAGUCACAACAGAAAGAGGAGCCCUUGGCUGUCAAGGUUAAAGAUACCUCUACUGGAGAAAUCGUAACUCAAAAAUUGCAAGCAAAUCAGAUUUGGUAUUUGGAAAAAACUGAAAAAGUUAUUGUGGAACUCAAUGGUAAUGGACAAGGCAUGGACAGCGGUUCAAACUUGCUUGUGAGGUUUCUUGGUAAACUUUCUCAAAACUCAAAAGUUUGUCCUUUGUCGGUUGAAAGAUGGAAUCAAAUGCCAGAGGACAAUAGCCUCCAACAAUGGAAUUAUAUUGCGGAAAAUUUUGAGUUUGAUUAUGCUGCUGGCAUCAAAUGGGUUAUGAGUACCUUAGGGGAAAGAUGGAAGGCCCACAAAUAUAGGUUAAGGCGUAAAUAUUUCUACCCUAAUAGAAGUACGGAAGACAUACUUGGUAAUCCUCCUCCAGGUGUGGAUUGUGCUGAUUGGACUGCUUUUGUGAAUCAUUAUAAAGAUGAUAAGAUGAGGAUACGAAGUUUACAAAACAAACUAAGUCGUAAGAAGCUUAAGAUCUCACAUGCUGGUGGUAGUAAGAGCAAUGCAAGGAGAGGUCAUGAAAUGGAGCUACAAUUGGGAAGGCCUGUAUGUCGAAGUGAGGUUAUUUUGUCAACAUUAAAGAAGAAGGAUGGAAACUACGUAAAUGAAGAAGGCAAGACUUUGGCUGAUAAGAUAUUAGAGAACCUAUCUCGGGAUCAAGAACGUGCUGCCACUUCAGGUGUCCCAUCGAAGAUAUUGGCUUAUCCGGAUGAUGCUAUUGGAAAAGCAUAUGGAACUGAACAUUCAGGUCGGGUGCGUGGUUUAGGCGCUGGUGCUUGCCCCUCAAGUGUUUUUGAAGGAAUACCUAGACCUUCUAUUGCUGCUGUUAAAUUUGGUGGCUCUAAUCAACAAUGUGUUGAAGACUUGAAGGAGCAUGUAAAAACUUUAGAAGUGAAACUGGAAGGAUACGAAGAGACCAAAGAACAGCUUUUACAAACUCAAAAACAAUUCGCUACUCUUUGCAAAUUUCUGUCAGACAAAUUUGGUAAUGAAUUACCGUCAUUCAACCAAGAUGUACCAUCGAUAUGCAUGAACUGAUGUCAUUCCAACAUUUUGCUUUUUGAGUUCUUCGAGAGUUAUGGAAGUUAAGGAUUUAUUAUACAUGUACAAGACGUUUGCUUAUGCUAGUGAUAUUAAUAUGCAACUAUCAGACUUAUUAUGAUUAUGAAGAGUUUAAUAUUUUUUCUGCAAGCAAGA